AUGGCUACCACCUCAAGGAGUAGAAAAAAGCAAGAAGAUGAAAAAAAGAGUAAGAAGAAACAGUCGCCGGUGGAUGAUCGGCCAAUGGUGCCAGUUCCCAGUGAUGCGAUGCUUAACAAUCUGCGUACAGCGUUUGGUCUUUUAGACCGGGACAGUGACGGUCACGUGACGGCCGAUGAAUUGCAAUUCAUGCUGCGCAACCUCGGCAUACAGGUCAGCGAUGAACUUAUUUCAGACCUCAUGAAGGAUGCCAGUAAAAGUGGAAAUGGUCUAAUAGACGAAAACGAGUUCAUGCAGUGGGUUACAAAAAUACAAGCUUUACAAGGGAUGGACGUGAGCGCGAGUGGCGGUGACUCGGAGGAAGAAAUCACGAGAGAUCUACUCGCGGCCUUUAAAGUGUUCGACCGAGAUGACAACGGCUACAUAACGCGAGACGAGUUGCGUUCGGCUCUCGAGAUGAUCGGCGAGCCGGUAACCGACGCGCAGCUUAACCAGGUGCUGGCGCUGGGCGAUAUAGACCACGACGGACGCAUCGAUUACGAAGAGUUCGUCAAGAUGCUGUUAUAA